CAAGCGGCUCUACGACGACCUCAUCUCGCGCUACAACAAGCUCGUCCGACCCGUGGUCAACGACACCGAUCCACUCACGGUCAAGAUUAAGCUCAAGCUGUCCCAACUCAUCGAAGUGAACCUGAAAAACCAAAUUAUGACGACGAAUCUCUGGGUUGAGCAAUACUGGUACGACUACAAGCUUACCUGGGAUCCCAACGAGUACGGGGGUGUGGACAUGCUUCACGUGCCGUCCGAUCACAUCUGGAGGCCCGACAUCGUGCUAUACAACAACGCCGACGGCAACUUUGAGGUAACACUAUCGACCAAGGCUCAGCUCAAUUACACGGGCCGCAUCCAGUGGAAGCCCCCGGCAAUAUACAAGAGUUCAUGCGAGAUUGACGUCGAAUACUUUCCCUUCGACGAGCAGACAUGCCUGAUGAAGUUCGGCUCUUGGACGUAUGACGGCUUCAAGGUGGACUUGCGUCACGUCGACGAGGUUCCCAAUCAAAGCCUGGUGGAGAUCGGCAUCGACCUGACCGAGUUCUACCUGAGCGUCGAGUGGGACAUCCUGGAGGUUCCAGCGGUGCGUCACGAGAAAUAUUACACGUGUUGCGAGCAGCCAUACAUCGACAUCACCUUCAACAUCAGCAUGCGACGCAAAACGCUUUUUUACACGGUGAAUCUGAUUAUUCCCUGCAUGGGCAUCUCCUUCCUCACGGUACUCGUCUUUUACCUGCCGUCGGACAGCGGUGAAAAAGUGGCCCUGAGCAUCUCAAUCCUGCUCUCGCUCACCGUCUUUUUUCUGCUCUUGGCCGAGAUCAUUCCUCCGGCGUCGCUCGUCGUUCCACUUCUGGGCAAGUACCUGCUCUUCACCAUGGUCCUGGUGACGCUUUCCAUCUGCGUCACCGUGGUCGUGCUCAACGUCCACUUCCGGUCGUCGGCCACGCAUCGCAUGGCGCCUUGGGUCAAGCGUGUCUUCCUCAGGGCGCUCCCCAAGAUUCUGAGGAUGCGUCGGCCGGUGCAGGACCCUCCAGUUAAGGUGCUGGUCCGCACUUGCAACGGCACCGAGUUGAGAGACGCGAGCUCGUCCCAGGGCUCUCCUCGGGGCAGCUUUGAGGCUGCAUUCGAAGAACUGCAGCAGCACGAGCCCGCGUGCAAGCUGCACGGCACCCUUAGGCCGCCCCGGCAGUCAACUCGCGUCGCCGCGGACGCGGACCCGGAAGACGCAGCACCGUCCCCGGGAAAUCUGCCGGGGAGGCCUUCCCCUCCCCCUCCUGCGCCCGGCAUGAGACUACACUUCUGCCCGGACCUUCAACGGGCCUUGGAGUCCGUGCACUUCAUCGCAGACCAUACGCGACGCUACGAAGAACACAUUGAGGUGAGGGAGGACUGGAAGUACGUGGCGAUGGUGCUCGACCGCCUCUUUCUGUGGAUCUUCACGGCGGCCGUGAUCGUGGGCACGUGCGCCAUCAUCCUGCACGCACCGACCCUGUACGACACCCGGGAGCCCAUCGACGUUCGACUCUCCGAAGUGCUCACAGUGCUCUACAAGGGCAACGCGGGCCUCUGA